UGUAAACCUUUUACUAGUUUUUUUGCUUCAUUCUUUAAUCCUUCCUCCUUCACACGCUAGAACUGGUCAAUAAUGGGGAAAAAAAAACAAUGGUAAUUCGUCCCGCAGACAUAACUCGAGCAAGAACAUAUUAAUACAGUUUAUUUUUUAUUUUUUAUUUUUAUUUGGGCCGUCGAUUUUGAGGUGACUGGAACUGGAAAUGAACAAAGUUAUAUUGAACCCAACUGCCAAGAAAAAGCAUCACAGACAGCGUCACUGAUGAUUUUGCAAUUCAUACAGUUUUAUUUUUUAAGGUUACUGAGAAGCCACACAUGAGAGAUUCUUUCAUCCAUAGAUAAAAACCGUUAAAAAUCUGAACUGGGUUCAUUUCAUUUGUGUUUACAUGUUUCCAAUUACAGAAAGAAUGUCAGAGCAACAAAAAAAAAAUAAUAAAAAAAAAUCAGUACAACUGAUUUGAUGAUACUUGUACAUCAUCAUCUCUGUUGAUUCUCUCCCAUUUUUAUUGUAAUUCCCUUUUUAACUUUUAAAAACUCCAAAAGUCUUUCCCUUUUUGAGUUUAUAUUUCCCCACACUCUAAAACCUGCUUUUUUUUAGUGUCUAAUUUAUGUCACUUUGCCACCAAUUCACGCAUGAUCACCGUUGCAAAGAUACCCCUUUAUCCCCCAAAUGAAAUCCCCAAAACCCUUUUGAAUCCUAGAGUUCGUGGUGGUGGUGCUGUUGUGUGUUUUAAUUUGGGAUUUAAUUCAAAACCCAAGAAAAAAGAAGGGUUCUUUGGGCUGAUUGGGUUGGAUUAUGAGAUUGAUGGGAUGGAGUUGUGGAGGAAAUUAAGUAGGAGUUGUAUUCCUGGUAGUCCAAAGAAGGGGCAGAAAGUGGAAGUGGAAUCUGAUAAUGGAGGUGAGGAUUUCUUUGAUGCAGCCACCGCUGAGGCCAAAGUGCAGCCUCAACACUUGGUUGUCAUGGUCAAUGGUCUUGCUGGAAGUACUGCAGAUUGGACAUAUGCUGCUGAGCAGUUUGUGAAAAGGCUUCCUGAUAAAGUUAUUGUUCAUCGUAGUGAACGUAAUACUUCAAAGCUGACGUUUGAUGGGGUUGAUUUGAUGGGUGAAAGGCUAGCUGAAGAGGUGGUUAAUGUUGUGAAACAUUGGCCUGGUUUACACAAGAUAUCUUUUGUUGCCCACUCACUGGGUGGCCUUAUUGCGAGAUAUGCUAUUGGAAGACUCUAUGAACUUUCUACUGAAAAGGAAACAGCCAACCAAACUGACUCCUCAGGUGGGGAAGGAAAUGAUUCUGGAGAGUACCUCGAGAAGCAUCAUGAGGCAAAGAUUGCCGGGCUCGAACCAAUGAAUUUCAUAACUCUGGCAACUCCACAUCUAGGUUCAAUAGGACAUAAACAGCUACCACUGCUUUGUGGUCUCCCUUUCUUAGAGAAAAGUGCACCUCAAACUGCUCACUGGAUUGCUGGGAGAUCUGGGAAGCAUUUGUUCCUCACUGAUGACGACAGUGGAAAACCUCCUCUGCUUCUGCGGAUGGUUAACGAUUCAGAGGAUCUCAAAUUCAUGUCAGCUUUACGCUCUUUCAAGCGUCGUGUGGCGUAUGCAAAUGCAAAUUAUGACCAUAUUGUUGGCUGGAGAACGUCAUCAAUUCGCCGCCAGAGUGAACUUCCAAAGUCCAAACUGCUGGUGAGGGAUGAGAAGUACCCUCACAUUAUACAUGUUGAUGAAGGAAAAGCUGAAGGCAAUAGCAGCAAAACACUCUCCGAUGUUAAAGCAGAGAUGAUUGACUUUGAAGAGGAGAUGAUUAGAGGUCUUAGUCAAGUACCUUGGGAACGGAUUGAUGUUAGCUUUCAGAAAAGCAAACAACGAUAUGUCGCGCACAACACAAUCCAGGUCAACCGAUAUUGGAUGAACUCAGAUGGUGCUGAUGUGGUUGAACAUGUAAUUGAUAACUUUAUUGUCUAGCAAUCUACCUAUUGAUACUUCAUGCUCUCCCUCACUAAAAUGUCGCCGCUGGUGAUUCAAGUGAUGGGUUAGAUUGACCAUCAGUUAUCAAUCAAGCUGAGAUUUUGCACAUAGGAGGUGUUCUUUCUUCUUCUUUUUUUUUUUU